CUCCAUCUGGCCGAAGCUGCGCCCCGACAAAAUACACGAAAAUCAACACGCCAAAACAACUAAGUCAAGGAGUCUCACGGUCUAGCCUCUUGCAAAGAAAAAACUCUAUUGAGUUUUCUCCAGGAAGCAUUGACAAUCAUGUUGUCCAUCAUAUCGAUCGGCUUUCGAGCCCUCCAGAUGCUCUUCGCCAUCGUCGUCGUGGGUCUCUCUGCUACAUUUAUGAAAGACCAGCAUGUCGGAAGCGCCCCGGUAACCACUCGCUACAGCGUCUUCGUCGGCGCCUUUGGUAUGAUUGUCGGUGCCUUCGGCGCAGUUGCCCUAUGGGUCGAUAGGAUUCCCAGUAUCGCCCCCAUGGUCACUGACGGGCUCGCCGCGUUAUUCUUCCUCGCGGGCGGUAUCGCCUGGGCCGUCGGCAUGAAGGGCCAGAGCUGCAGCCUGAGCUCGCUGCAGAAGCUCUACGACAACUCGCUACUCAACCAGGGCUGCGACUCCCAGAAGAGCAGCAGCGACAAUGGCCCGUACUGUUAUGUCGCAGGGAACCAGAAGGAGGACCCCUGGCCGCUGGUGAACCUGUGGCCGUCGCCUAUGAAGGGUAUCUGUCAGAAGGCAUUUGCCAAUGAGAGCUUCCAGUUCCUGGGCUUUGCGACAUUCGUGGUCCUUGCAGGCCUGGGUUUCUUGAUGAUGAAGAGGAAGGGAGGUUCGAGAAGUAAAUUUGUUGCUUGAUGGUUGUACUCUCUCCAGGUGCGGUUAAAGACUUUGGAAUGCAAAGAGGUAUCCAAACAUUAUCGCGUUGUGAAGAAGGUGUAUUUACUGUACUGAAAAGGAGUUGCUUUUAACAUACCCCGGUGAAUGAAGAAGUAAGCAGGAUCAAGACCUUCAUUCUCAAAACAACCGGAAGUGCCAUGGAAUGGGAUUGACAGGAAAUGGAAAAGAGGAUGAGCGAAGAAUCACUAUUGAACGUCAAGUCUAUAUAUAUUGGUUGUUGUUAAUACAGCCUAACAGACAGUUUUAAUGCUACCUUGUCGCA